CGUAUGUAUACGCAUUUAUCGUAAUCAGCUGUUCCCCCAAGAAGGUGGGUGGGGGGUUGCUUUAGUUCGCUUUUUCGUUAUCAUCGGUUGUCGCCCGAUAAAUGCAUUAGUUGCCGGAUUAGGAACUUACUUACUUAUCAGGCGCUACAACCGCUUUGCGGUCUUGGCCUGCUGCAACAAUCCUCGAUACCGCUCACGGUUCAGCGCCGUCGUCCGGAUUAGGAACAGUGAGCAAAAUAUAAAACCAAUCGAACGAGUGCAUCACAUUCAGUUAGACAGUUGCUAUUAAUCCCGCUGCUUGUCGUGUUUUGCUUCGAAAGUUCGGUUGCAUCCAACCCCCCCACGUUUUCUCCACGUUUGUCAACCUUAUCAACCUUCGCCUAGAGUUCGUUCGGGGAGGGUGAGAUCAUGCGGUUGUUCAUCAUUGGAUUUCGACGGGCAGCAGCAGCAGCAGCAGGGUCGGGGCUAUUUGUGCUACCCUGUCAGCAGCAGACAAGGCUUGUGACGCGUACGGUUGCUAGCAGUGCCGCGGCAUACAUAAAGUCGUCAACAACCUGUUCCUUCGCUCAGACAGCAGCAGCAUCGCUUGCGCAGGGUGUUAAAAUGUUGGACGCACGCAAAACCUUCACGGAAGACUUCUUCUUCAGACAGCUGUUUGAUGAACAAUCGCAUACCUACUCGUACCUGCUGGCAGACAUCACAUCGAAGGAGGCCAUUCUGAUCGAUCCCGUGCUCGAGCAAGCAAAACGUGACGCUCAGUUGAUCGGGGAGCUUGGAUUCACGCUGAAAUAUGCCCUGAAUACUCAUAUGCACGCGGAUCACAUUACGGGCACCGGAUACUUGAAGCAGCUGCUGCCCGGAACCGUAAGCGUAAUAUCGCAGAGCAGUGGCGCCAAGGCGGACAAAACGCUGGUGGACAAUGAAACGGUCCAGUUUGGGCGGCACGUACUGCGGGCCAUGAGUACGCCCGGCCACACCAACGGUUGUAUGACGUUCGUGGUGGAGGAACAGGGCAUUGCGUUUACCGGCGAUACGCUGCUGAUACGGGGUUGCGGUCGUACCGAUUUUCAGGAAGGAGAUUCACGCUCGCUGUACCGUUCCGUGCACGAGCGCAUCUUUACGCUGCCGGAAAAUUUCCGCCUUUUCCCGGCUCACGAUUACAAAGGUAACAUGGAAACGACGGUGGCGGAGGAGAAGCGAUACAACCCACGGCUUACUAAGGAUGUCGAUGCGUUUGUGGAGUUGAUGAGCAACCUGAACCUGCCGUAUCCGAAGAUGAUUGAUAAAGCGGUUCCGGCCAAUCGCGAAUGUGGUCUGUUCGACAUACCGAAGGAGGCUUAAGAUACGAUGGCGCUAAACGGGUAGAUUGUGUAGUAACACAACAGAAUGGUUGGGAAGAGACGUAUUUUUAACAAUAUCCCAACACUAUGUUCAAUUUUAUAAAACAAUAAUAUACACACACAAAAAUUAAAGACAAAACUGUUCCGUACAGUGAUGCAUUCAUCGCCUUUUUUAUGUUAGCUUUAUUUAUUGACCCUCAUAAAAUGAAGUUAAUGUAAAAUAGA